CAAACAUAGAAUUCUCCCUGCAUACUCUAUCCUUAACACAGCAGUCUCAGCAUGGACACCCGGUCACUCUGCAGAAUGGUGAAUCUCCUAUUGUGUUUCAUGGAAGUCCUGGGUGCUGCUUCGAACGAUGACGGCUGGUCUAUGAAGGUUCAGGCGGAGGUGCGUGCCAUGGAGGGCUACCCAGUGGUGCUGCCUUGCUCCUUCACCCACCCCCACCACACGCUGCACUCCUCCCUGCAGGUGGUGUGGCGGCUGGGCCACGGCCAGGGCUCUACGGUGCUCUACCACUGCUCCUCUCCCACUGGGGCCAGGACCUGCCAGCCAGGCCCUCAGCAGGACCAGCGUUAUCGCCUGGAGGGGAAUCCCCGAGAGCACGACCUCUCCUUGCGCAUCAACAGUGCCGCCCUGCAGGACAACGGACGCUACUACUGCCGUGUGGAGGUCCCCGGACACGCACACGCCAGCUACGAGGAUAAGAUGGGCACACGGCUUAGAGUUGAGGCUGCCCCACGAAUCCUGGGCCUGUCAGUGGAGGGCAGUGAGGAAGCUGGCUACAGGGCUCAGUGUCGUGUCCAGGGCUCUCCCCUACCUGACGUCCAGUGGCUGGGGCCUGACCAGCUCAUGGAAGGCUCCGACAUCUCUCCCCUCUCCCAGGAGUCCCUCGAGCAACAUUACACCACCAGUCAGCUCCGAGAUGUCCUCCCUGGGCAGCAGUACACAUGUAGUGCCUCCAACCCCCUGGGGAAGGACCAGGCCACCCUGUACAUGCUGCCCCCCAGGCAGGUGCAGGUCUCUGGGGAGGCCCCUCCGCUGCUGCUCCUGCUCUCCCUCUCCAUGGGGUUCAAGGUGCUCCUGCUGCUGGGGGUGGUAGUCUGGCUGCCGCAUGGAGGAGGCCCAGCAUGGCUCAGAUGCUGGUUCAAAUGAUACACUGUUUGCAUAUGCAUACACACUAAUCAAAUGUUUUAACUUCUCAUACAUUUUUCCAUUUGUCUUCAAUAAAUAAUACAUUAUGGACCUAUUUGUAUAUAAUUUGAUCCCACCUCAUUCCCUACCAAGGGUUUAUAUGUAAUGAAUAGAGUGCAAAUCAUUAGUUUAUUGUUUAUGAAUCUAACUCAUUGGUUGAAAUGUUGUGAUCAUCUAACUAUUUGUCAAGCCUCAAAAUGGGGGCUACACACAAAACCUCUGUACAUUUAAAGAU